UUGAUUUAUAUAAUGUGCGCAUUUUACGCUUUUUGUUUGGGCUUAGUUUUUGCUUCAUACACCCGAUUGAGUAAGCAGUUUUAACUUUUGUGUACUGUGGUUUAAGAUGUGUCAACUGCAAGGUGAUUUCUUUCUUUCUUUCCUUCUCUCUCUCUUUCUUUCUUUCUUUCCUUCUUUCUUUCUUUCUUUCUUUCUUUCUUUCCUUCUUUCUUUCGUACAUUGCAGUUAAAGCUUCCUUUGAGCUGCCAAGGUCCAUGCAUUAGUCACUAAACCAAUUAUGUAAUCGUUUGCUCAUUUUCGACGUUUUAUAAUAGUGGACCAAUCAAAAAAAAAAAAUUAUAUAAAACUUAUUUUUUUACAAAUCGAAAAACAAUAUUUAUAUUACAGAUAUUAUUAUCUGGAAUCUUUACACCCGAAAAGCUGGAUGACUUCUGUGGGUCUUACUCUUCACUGAAGAAAAGAAAAUGGAUAAUGUGUCACUUCCUGGGAGUAUGCCUUCUCCAUGUAACUCAAGUAACUAUUCACAUCCUAACUGCAGCACAUCUCCACCUUGGCUAUUUUACCCAGACUUCUACAUCUGGUUGCCGGUGGUUUACUCGGUCAUCUGUGCCGUAGGGCUCACUGGCAACACGGCCGUCAUCUAUGUCAUAUUGAAAGCCCCGAAAAUGAAAACCGUCACCAACCUGUUCAUCCUGAACUUGGCAAUCGCUGAUGACCUUUUCACACUGGUGUUGCCUAUCAAUAUCGCAGAGCACCUGUUGAACUAUUGGCCAUUUGGUGAGCUUCUUUGCAAAGUGAUCCUCUCAAUAGAUCACUACAACAUCUUCUCCAGCAUCUACUUUCUCACAGUCAUGAGCAUCGACCGCUACCUGGUAGUGCUUUCCACGUUGCAGUCCAAGCGGAUGCCCCAUCGCACGUACAGGUUCGCAAAAAUCGUCAGUGUGUGUGUGUGGGCUCUUGUUGUCCUCAUCGUGGCACCAUUUACCUUCUUUGCUGGCAUUUAUGUGAGCCCUGAUGAUGCCGAGAGCAGGAAGAGCUGUGUGUUGAGCUUCCCUAGCCCUGAGAGCUUCUGGUUCAAAGCCAGCCGGAUCUACACCCUGGUCUUCAGCUUUAUCCUUCCUGUGUCCACAAUUUGUGUCUUAUAUAGUCUAAUGCUCUACAAGUUGAGGCAUACACAUCUGAAUUCCAAUGGCAAGGCGUUGGAUAAAGCCAAGAAGAAGGUGACCGUUAUGGUCUUUGUUGUGCUUGCAGUGUGUCUGUUCUGUUGGACUCCAUUUCACUUGAGCACGGUGGUGGCCCUGACUACAGACCUGCCCACAACGCCACUGGUCAUUGGCAUCUCCUACUUCAUUACAGGCUUGAGCUAUGCUAACUCCUGCCUCAACCCUUUUCUUUAUGCCUUCCUGGAUGACAGUUUCAAAAAAGCUUUUAAGAAAAUGCUGGAGUGUUGAUCUAUGCGAAAGGGACAAGAAGAUAAAAGCUUAAGGUCAAUUUCAAGGACAACACUGGAUGAAAAAAAAGGUAGGCUCAUCUUAAGGAAAAACAUACAGUAUUGAGGCAGCAAUAGACCAAAUGAAGUGGGUUUUUAUUCCUUCCUCUGUCAUUUCUUUAGGACCAUGGUAUGACACAUAACAGUACUGCAGCACGACACACAGGACUACAUGAAAUGCAAAUGCACAACGAUGUGUCUGUAAAAUUGUCCCAUACCAGCAGCUAUAGACACUACAUCCUUUAAAAAUACUGUACCUUGGAAAAUGUUUAUGAACUGUUUUGUUGAGUCUAUGUUUGUAAUGUAUGUUGUGUAGCCAAUUUAUCAGACUUAAAUUUUCCCAGACAUGUGUAAAUAUGUGAACUAUUAUGCUACAACACAGAGAAGAUUUAAAGGACUUUUCCAUCUGUUAUUAUGAAAUAAAUCUCGAACUGAGAGUGUAUUUGUAUUGUA